AUGGGUGAGAACGAGCAUCUGGAGGAGACGUGUGGGAGCGAGGCUCUGCAGGAGACGUUUGAGUGGUUCUUGCGGCUGGGGAUGCGGUGCAGCCUCAAGCAGGCACAGAGCCGACCCGGCAUGCAGCAAGUGUUGAAAGAGCUGGAGGGGAUCAGGCGGAUGCUCAACUGUGUUUCUGGCUCCUAUAGGGGCAGUGGUGCUGCUGCUGGUGCUGGUUCUGGUGCUGGUGCUGGUGAUGGUGCUGGUGGUGACGGUAGCAGAAGGCGUGACUAUAGCGAGCAGUCCAAUGGGGAGAGGGGGGGGUCCAUCGGUGCAGUUAAUUCCCAAGCUGGUCGAUCCUUCUGGGCAGAGAUCGUAGCCUCGGCGUCGAAAGGGCCGAGCAGGUUCAAGGAGGAGAUUGCGGAGGAGAUCGAUGAGGACGAAGAGGAGUCGUGGUUUGCUGAGCGGAUGAGGAGGGGGGUGAAGGGGGACGUAGGGAAGGGAGAGACGUCAAGCAGUGAGGCGGAUGGGCUGCUGAACCACACGCUGACUUUCACCGGAAAGGAGGGAUGGACGGACGUUAAGCCGCAAGUGUGUUUUGAGUCGACUCAAAACACACCUGGAGAUGUGGUGGCUGUGCCACGCAGUGGCUUUCAUCGGGCGGGAGUGUCCCGCAGAUCGACGUGGUUCCUGGAUGAACAGGGGAAGGGGGGGCAGGAUGGGGGGAACGCAAGCAGAAUUGGGGAUGGGUUGCUGAGCCACGCGGUGGCUUUCACUGGGAAUGCACUGCACAUUGAGGUGAUUCUUAUAAACUGA